AUGAACACGCUACCAGCAAAUAGAACAUUGAACACAUUCAAUAAUGAUAAUGCAAGACGUUCAAGUAUAUCUGCAAUGCGUUAUGCUGCAAGAUCAACAUCAUUAUACUUUCCAAAUACAGAUACAGAUGAAGAAAGUCGUAGCCAGUUGUUGACAAGUGAAAGUAUUGUAGAGACACGUAGAGCUGAAACAAUGAAUCGAUUAAAUCGUAUUGUAUGGGUAGUUUAG